ACCACCGCGCGUACGCAACGCAACUGCUCUCAAUUCAAUCUCGCUUAAUUCGAUCGUCUUCUUCCUCCAUCCCAAAGCUCCACUCCACGUACGCCUCGGGAUUUGCUCCAUUGCCUCUGCUCUCCCGAUCGAUCGAGUAGUCCCCGCCCGCUGAAACAUGCAUCUUCCCUACCUAGCUCGUCUUCCUCUACUACUUAUACCCGCCCUAGCCCCUAGCUAGCUACUAGUGGUAGUGUCACAGUGACAGUGAGUAGUGGAUACCAUGGAGCACCCAGUUAGUAAUACCAUGGAGCCGGAUCUCCGGGCCAAGGACCACCGCGCGUGCUCCGCCUCCGCCACCGACACGUCGUCCAGGAUCAUCGCGCAGUGGGCGGCGCGCCGCCGCCAGCUGGCGUGCGACGACCAGGUGAUCGACCGCCGCGACCGCGACUCCGAGCUGCUCGCUCUCGCGCGCCUCCACGCCGUCUCCAUGCUCGACGCCUCCUUCCUCCGCGCACACGACGAUGCCGGCGGCGGCGGCGGCAGGCGUGCGCGUUCGCCGGAGCGCGCGCUGGUGCGGAGGAUCGCGCGGGAGUGGACGGCGUCGUCGCGGACGUCCCCGCGCGGGGGCGGCGCCGGCGGCGAGGAGCUGCUUGGCGAGACGGAGCGGCAGCGGGUGCGCGCCGUGCGGGAGCGCGUGCGCAUGGCAAGCCAGGGGCAGGGGCACGGUGGCGCGCACACGCCCAGGCUGAUGCGUGGGCGUGGGCGGCAUGGGCAGGACGUGGUGACGCGCAUGGCCAUGGAACGCCAGCGCGAGCUGCAGGGCCUCUCCGACCACCGCGCCGUCUCCGCCUUCGCUCACCGCGCCCGCAUUCAGUCUUUUCUACGAGGUAGAUCCUUCCAUAGUGGAAGCCCUAUGCAUGAUGAGAGACCACUCUCUAUGGCAGCCAGAGAAUUAGGACAGCUUAGACAGAGUCAUCCAGUCUCUAGAUUCAGGGAAGAAGUUCGCUCAAGAACAGAAGUUACCACAAAUGGCCCAGCAACAAACCACACUGGACCCAUGGAUACUAUUGUAGAUCUGCACUUACAUGAAAAUGAUCAUCGCCAAGAGAAUGCUACUCACAAUGAAAUCCAGACACAUCAAUCAAUGGAAAAUGAAUCUGUAGAUAUCCAAAGAAGUAUAACAACCAGUAAUGAUGAUGUUGUCCAAAGUGACUUUGGUCAAGAACAGCUUCACAGAUAUGAAGAUUAUCCAGAUUCAGGGUCCUCAGAAGAGGCCAGUGAACAAUCUGAUUCUUCCAGUCCAUCUGACAAUAGCAAUCAACAAGAAGAAGAAACUUACGAGCAGCAAACUAAUCUGCUAUGGUCAAGAGAGACAUCUAGUAGUGAAGAUGGAGAUCAUGAAUGGAAUGUUAUGAAUUCUCAAGAAGCUGAAGCACAAUGGAGGUCAGGUCCAAGUUUUUCUUCCAACCGAAAUAUUAACAGGUUCAGUCCACCGGACGAUGAUGUAUAUGGAGUGGAGCUCAGAGAACUCCUAAGCAGGCGUAGCGUCUCUAAUCUUCUUCGUAGUGGCUUCCGAGAAAGUUUGGACCAGCUGAUACAAUCGUACGUUCGAAGACAAGAAGAGCAUGAUGAUCCUCUUGAUUGGGAUUAUCAAAGGCAGGGAACAGCUACUGGGUUACACAGCGACGAUCAAGGUGAAGACAGGAUCGAUGAAGCAACAAAUCAGACUGUUUCUGACACCAGGGAUCACCAGCCGUCGAUUCUUCCACAGCAACGGCAUUGGCAGAUGGAACUGCCUCAUCAUCAUCAUAACUGGAGUCAACAAGCCAUGCGUCAUUCUGAACUUGACUGGGAUGCCAUCCAUGUUCUGCGAGAUGACCUGACCGGACUACAGCGAGGGAUGACCAGCAUGCAGCAGAUGCUAGAAGCUUGCAUGGAGAUGCAGAUGGAGUUGCAGCGCUCCAUCAAACAAGAAGUCUCUGCUGCUCUGAACCGCUCACUAGCCGUUCCUGCAGGCGAAGAAGGGAUGUUAGAGGAUGGAUCAGAGUGGAAGCUAGCGAGGAAAGGAACAUGCUGCAUCUGCUGUGACAGGCAAAUUGACUCGCUUCUUUACAGAUGUGGGCAUAUGUGCACCUGCUCAAAGUGCGCGAGCGAGCUGCUCCACGGGGUGGGCAAAUGCCCACUGUGCCGUGCGCCUAUCGUCGAGGUAGUCCGAGCUUACUGCAUAAUGUGACACACAGUUACUUCAGGCCUAAUCAUAAUAUAGAAGAAGAGAAGAUGAUGAAGAUGAUGAGUACUAGCUUUGUCGGACUGAAGCCUUUUUGAGUUUUGGAUGCUGGAGUUGUACUACUUUACUACAUUAGUAGGGGUUUAAUUUAGGAGAUGCUACUACGAGUAAUUGUGAAACUUUCACAAAUAGUAUGUUUUAAUAAUUCUAGUGCCUGACAGAGCAUCCAUGCUAAUGUAAUGUGCUCUUGUAGGAGUAAUAACUUGUAAUCCAUUAGCCUUGCAAACUCAUUAAUGAAAUAAGUGACCCUUGAGAUCGAUCAUUAGCAGUAUUCAUCACUUCUCCGUUGUAGUACCAUAUUCAUCAGGGUUCUGACUUGCUUUACUUUUGGAUCUGCGUUAGAUUUCUUUUUUUUUUUAAGAAGGGUAUGUUUUACCUGGCCUCUACAUCUAACGGAUAUAUGCAGCCUUUUUAAAUUCUCUUAUGUGAAGAUUUAAACUCAAGACCGAGAUGCUAUUUAGGUCACUGCAUGUUUACUGCGUUGGAUAUAUAUUAGUUAUAUCUACACCUUAUUAAUUUGAGCUGAUGGUUGCUAACAGAUUAAUGGCCUAUUAUUAUGUACUAUACUACUACUACAUAAUGAGAUAAGUGAUCCUUGAGAUCCAUCAUUAGCAGUUCAUCACUUCUCUGCUAUACCAUCAUCACUUAUUCAUCCUCACUUAUUCAUC